CUGUUGUUUCACGUCAAAACAAUCCGGAAGAAGAUACGGCAUGACGGAACUGUUGGAGCAGAGAGGAGGCCAAGACUAAAAGAAACCCCAUCGUUUGGGGCAUAUAAGUUGUAUAUAAUAAUAAUGCUACUGAAUAGAAGGGAAACUUAGCGACCGAAGCGAAGGUUAUCCACCGCUUCACGCGCCGGAAGUCAUUCAGUCCUGCCUCGUGUUUUGGAUACAAAGUCCAUGUUAACAUAUCAUAGCUAUUCAACACAUUAAAGUGCUGUAGCUCGGCGUAGACCGCCUCGGAAUUACCAUGGGCAAUGGAAUGAACAAGGUUGUUGACGGGCUCUACCUUGGGAACAUAAGAGAUUCAGAAAACAGGGAAAGUCUAGCUAAGAAUGGCAUCACCCAUAUCCUGUCCGUGUACAACAAUGCUAAGCCUGUGUUUGAGGACAUGACGUACCUUUGCAUACAUGCAGCCGAUGCCUCCAACCAGAACCUACUGCAACAUUUUAAAGAGUGCAUCACCUUCAUCCAUGAAUGUCGCCUGAAUGGUGGAUCUUGCCUCGUUCACUGCCUUGCUGGUGUGUCCCGCAGCACGACCAUGGUGGUGGCCUACCUGAUGACUGUCACCCACUACAGCUGGGAGGAGUGUCUGUCUGCGGUCAAAGCUGUUCGCUCCUUUGUCGGCCCCAACUACGGCUUCCAGCAGCAGCUGCAGGAGUACCAGACUACACAAGUUUCAGAGUACCGAGCAUGGUUACAGUCCAGUUUCCGUCCCAGUCCAUUCAAUGACCAGGAGCAGGUGGGAGCCCUGCUGAGCCAGUACACAGAGCAACAGGAGAGCCAGAGGAGAGGAGCAGACCAUCGCUGGAUAAAUCAGGGAAUGGGCGUCAGUGGUCUGCCAUCCAGCGCGGAUAAUCCCGAAGGCAACACCUGAAACAUGAGUCUCUGCUCAGGCAAUGGGAUUACUAUUAUUCUGUACUAAUUUCUAAAUCAACCUGCCUCCAUAGGACGUCCACUGGCAUUGAAUUAGUUUAAAGAGCAAGUGCUACAGCUAUCCUCUCAGAUGUAGAAAAACUAUUAACAUUUUCAACCAUAGCUUUGCUUUAUUCACAUCUGUCUCACUAUUUUUAAGCAACGGAGGUUGAUUUUGAAUUGUAGAACAGACUCUUAUCCACUAGCAGAACCUGUCAAGCUCCUAAACUGAAUACAGCCACAACAGGGGUAUUGGUGCUCGCAGACGCCUUACUCUAAACACCUCAGCACCUUAGCCAUGAUGAGUCUUGUUUUUGAGUGUGCACUCUUUACACCUGCAAUGUUCAGCUGAAUAGCCUUAAAGACCGUCUUAAAUGGACAUUUUGCCUGAAAUUAAGGCCUGUGAUUGUGAAAGUGAAAUCUACGAAUCUACAGCCAAACUGAUCACAUUUUGAUGACAUUAUUUUGACACUGUAGUUCAAAACAAUAUAACUGCGUGAUUAAUACUGCAAAUUGUUACGUCAGCAACCAAGUGCUACGGCUAUCCUCUCAAAUGUAGAAAAGCUACCGACAUUUGAUGUUCCAGUGAGUUCACUGGCCAAUAUAUGAGUCACAUGAGUUACAUACAUAUCACUGCCAAUCUAGUCAACAGCACUUGUUUAUACUUAGUGGUUCAUUUGUUUUAAAUGUAAACAAAAUUCCAAGCUGUAUCUAGACCGCACACUUUUACUAGUGUCUGUAACUAGCACAUUGUCUCUAACUCAUCUCUUAUCAGGCAAAUAGGACAAAGAAAAACUCAACAGUCAACCCCUGUGUAUUUUCUCAUCUAUCAGCUGCCAUCACAUCCGUUAGAGGAUGAUAUUUGAGGCUGCCACAGUUGCCUAUGAGAUGUAGAGACUGCACUGUGGACGUUCAAACCAAACUCUAUGAAUGACUCAUAAAAGUAGGUGUCAAAAAUGGCAAAAUGUUCCUUUAAGCAUCUCAGAGCAGGUUAAAAUAGGAAGCUAUUACAAACUAUGGCUGAGUUUAACGACACAUGAAGGACCUCUGCAGUCUUGUACGAAAAGUCUUCCUGAUUUUACUGAAGCUCUGAUUUAUUGUGACAAAGCAGAUUUUUAGAGAAUUUGUGUUAUUCACGGGUUAAUUGUGUAUUUAUGUCAUUUUUUUGUUUGUUUUGUUUGUGUUUUAUAAUGAAAUGCAGUAAUUGACAAAAAAAAUGGAACUGCUAAUAAAUCAGUGCUAUCGA